AACCAAGCCUAUCGUUGAGAUCGUUUAUUAUGUGUUAGGUGGAUUAAACAGCUUUCUUACAAGUAAUUUUGGUCUGUUCAUAGUUGUAAGUGUUGACCGUUUUCUGUGGUGGCCACCAGGAAAAGUGUACUUGUCAAGGAUUCUUCUCCGCCGACUCCGCAUACGUCCCCAUCUCCCACUCGUCGCUCCAAGCCUCGUUCUCAGAAGUCCGCGAAUUCUCCCACUGUCGCCAAGACCGAAAAUGCGGCUGAAAACACCGCUUCCACCCACUCUUCUGGAUCCUCGUCAGCUUCCACGACAGUCAAGCCGAUGCCCGUCCCGUUACCGUGUCCGAGAACCUGCUACCAAGACGAGUUUUCUCCCGAGCUUGUACACGAAAUCUCGGAGAAAUAUGGCCUACCACCAGACCGUAUUUUCUAUUAUAGACGCAAGAGAGAUUACGGCUAUCACCGUUGUCCCCUGCGCUGCGGACGUAGCACCAUGGGUACUGCUAUGGGGAAGCAUCUACAGGUGUACCACCCGGGUAUUGAUCGCACCACGGUGACAUGCUCCGUUCGGUCUCGCAAGGGAAAGCAUUGUUUGGGCGAACCCGUGGAUGGCGCAACGUAUCUUCAGCACUUUGAACACGAUCACUUCUUGCACCACUCAGUAUGUGCGUUCUGUUUGUUCGCUGUGCCAGUGUCGAGGAUGAAGAAACACUUUGAUGUCUGUCCGGGUUUCCUUUACCAGGGGGAGAGGCGCAGGCUAUUCUGGGACGACGGUAACUGAAAGCUCCAAAAUAGGUAUAAUGCAUGGUUCAUUUCCCAUAUUUCUCUGUGUGUUCAUCUCAUUGUCACUCAUUCAUUCAUUCAUUUUUGUCUUUCCCAUUUUCGUCUCCUCGACACAAUCCUUUUAAACAUACAGUUGUCACUCUUUUAUGAUCACUGCUCUAUUUUUCCUUGGAAUUAAACCUUUCUUUCCCGGCGAUUGUUUUCCGCUCAGUGAUUCAGUUUUAUCACAAGGACGGCCUUAAUCCUGAAGACCAAACUAUUGGACUAGCACCAUGUGGUCUAUCAUUAUUAGUAGGG